GUACUGAACCAGUAGAACUUCCUCCACUGCCUGGAAGAUGCAGAAGCAACUUGCUGAUCAAGACACUACUUUUAAUUUUUAUUUUUGCUAUUUCUUUUUCUGUUUAUUUUUCUAGAACCUACAACUGGACAACCUUCAUCGUAAUAACUAUUUCAUUUCUAAGUGUGUGCUUAGUUUGUAAGAGGUCAGAACACAGGAGCACUGUCAGUAUCAAAGCUCAUUUAAUUCAGAAAACAUUGACACUCAAUUUCAAUUACAUAAAUGAGGCUAAAGAUCAGGAAAUGUGUAGUUACACUGCCUUCAUCAGUAGAAUUCAGUCAGCAAAUAUAAAAUACACAGUUGGGAUGAAUAAAGAUAAAAUUCUAGUUGGUGGGUGUUAACAUACUAUGUACCAGUGAAGGUGAAACCAUGGAGAAAUUCCCUUGCAUUGCUCCAUUUAUCAUAUCAUGUGCCUGAGUUCAUACUACACUACUAUGACCUCUGUACUGAAACUGCUCAACAAAAUCAGCUGAGCUUUAUGGUCUAGGUUCAGAGCAUCUUCUGAUUUCAUGUGAUGGCUAAUUUGCUCUGGAUCAAUUUCCAUAUGUGAUGCAGAAGCAAAUCGCCAAAAAUUGCCUAAAUAAAGAAAGCGCUUGAAUAAAUGUGGGCUACAAAGUAUAACGAAAGCAGGAGCAAUCACACAGGUGUAGUUAUUGAGUUAAUUAAGCAAUUAACCUCCCGACAUGCAGACGAUGCCUAGUCCAGCAGCCCACUGUUUUGGCAUUAGGAUUCUCAGUGAUUCUGAGCGAGGCACAGUUGUGGUUGUUUGAAAUAAGCUUCAGUGACUCAGGCUGUUGAACUUACUGACGUUUCAUGAGAGAUGGAUACAUAACAGAAAGGGAUACUAUGGUUGGUGUUUCUUUUAUUUUGGCAGUGAAGCUCACUGGGAUUGUUCAGUCAUGUAUCAUCAAAUGUGUUUGCAGUGUGUCUGCGUAUGUGUGUGCAGUCUCUGAGGUACAGAGAAACACCAAACUAAAUGAAAUACCCUCUGUCCCCCCAGGUGCUGUUGAAUCCUGUGUACCCCACCAACACAGAGCUGAAACAUGAGCCAACCGAAAAUGUAUCCACGGAGACGUCUGUCAUAAUGCGCUCAGUAUGGGAUGAUCUCCCACCAGCCGGCAACUUCAGCUCUAUUGAAAGCUCUUCCAGUGGCCAGCACAGUGUGGUCAACCUGGAGCAGCCCGGAGCCCAGUACUGUGUGGGGGACAGCUUGAACGUGCUGGUGAACAUGAAGGACCACAGGGGGAACCCAAAGGCGCAUGGAGGCGACUUCAUCCUGGCCCGAAUCCACUCUCCCAAUCUCCAGGCUUCUGCAUCAGGAGAAGUUACUGACCUGCUCAAUGGCUCCUACCGGGUGCGUUUCCGCCUGUUCUGGCCUGGAGACGUACUGGUGUCUGUGCUUCUCAUGCACUCCUCUGAGGCAGUCGGGAUCCUCAGGAGAAUCAGUGAGCACAACUACAAUAAGAUCAUGUACACCGGAACCUUCUACAGUGGGAACAAAAUUGAGCAAUCUCAGUGCGGCAUCCGGCUGAAAGCAGACAAGCCUCUCUGUGAGUACAGGAAGAAGGAAGACGCGGAGUACUACGCCUGUGUCCGACCCAAAACCCUUUCCUGCAGCACCCUGAGGACCAUGCAGUCCAGAAAUGGCCCAAUUUCUAGCAUGACCAAGGAUGAGCGUUUGCUCCUGAGCAGGAAAAACAUUGGAAUAGAAAUGAGAAACAGCUUUGGUCCUGUGAAAGUCAUCAGUUGUCCCGCGAGGACCCACAGACCAACUGAAAAGUGUGUGGCAGGGUUUGGAAUGACGUCCCCUUCACCGAGCGGCUACUUCUUUAAAAACAGAUGGUCUUCCUCCUCCUGCCAGACGGGAAACUUCUUCAGUGCGGACGCCAUCAGCAGAUGUCUGAAGGGAAGGAACCUGAAACUCAUGGGAGACUCCACUGUGCGCCAGUGGCAAGAGACACUCAUUAGAGUGCUAAAAGGGCUGAAAUAUGUAAAACCAUAUGAUACUCAUUACUAUGCCCUGGUUGCGGACCCACAAAUGAACAUCACUGUCCAGUGGAAGAUGCACGGGCAUCCUUUCGUCACUGGCUACAACAUGGUCAAAGAUGCCGUGGGGUACGUUGCCAGAGAAGUAGACAGAGUAGAGGUUAGCGACGUGGUGGUCAUUGGAGUGGGACAGCAUUUUAGGCCCUUCCCCCCGGAGAUCUUCAUCCAGAGGCUGAUCAACAUGCGCAAGGCCAUCCUGAGGCUCCACGAACGCAGCCCCCAGACCCUCGUCAUCAUCAAGCUGGAGAACACCAGGGAGUUGGACUCAGAGAUGACCCACCUGAGUGACUGGUUUGGCUACGUUCAGAACCUGACUCAGAGAAAGGUGUUCAGGGACCUGAAGGUGGUGCUGGUAGACGCCUGGGACAUGACAACAGCCGCCAACACCUUCGCCACCCACCCCAACAAUAUUGUCGUUUCCAAUGAGAUGGCUUUGGCUCUGUCAUACCUCUGUAAUGAUGCAUAGAGGUGCUUUCUGAAAAUAACUAUAUAACAGGAGUUUCUAACUCCAUUUCUCUAGAGACUUUGUUUACAGUACACCCAGGGGCUUGUUACAAUACACUAGGAGCUUUGGAAUUUUAAGGUUUUUAAUUGCGUCCUGUUGGUAACCAGAAAUGUUGCCAAGAACAAUAGUGACCGUCGUUCCAGGUAGAAGCAGAUCCGAAGUUAGUGUUUAAAAAUCAGGAAGCAUUUAUUAUACAGAAAGCCAGCAACAGGGAUUCACACAAAAAUGUUCAAUUCAACUGUUAGAGUUUGUGGAGUUUAUACAGUUACAUUUACAUAUAUUCAAAUUUGUGCGCAGAAUACAGCAUGAACUCUGAUUGGUUGUUUGUUAUACAGAGUUGCCCUAUAGGCUGCAAUUUCUACCACUGUGUCUUAUUGGUUGUCUUUGUAAAACAAUGGCGGACUCUCACAUGCACGUGAGGUUUUGGAAUACACAAAUCUGUCUGUCUCCUACAGCACAAACUUUCUGUAUCCUAACAGUCCCUAUUAGUAAUAGUAGGUGUUUGAUUCUGGGGUGGAAUUUGAGUGCUCAUUAAUGAUUACACAAUGACAGUGUAGUAUACUGGCUAAGGAGUUGGUCCUGUAACCUAAAGGUUGCAAGGUCGAUUCCCUGGUAGGACAUUGGCGUUGUACCCUUGAGCAAGGUACAUAACCUGCAUUGCUCCGGUAAAUAUCCAGCUGUAUAAUUUGAAUACUAAAUUGGCUAGGGCUGACCACAUGCCAUUUUCACUCGUGCAAAAACAAAGUCACUCAACAGAGCUGCAGCUGUUUUACCUCAGUUUUCAUCAGACAUGACACUUUUUGCAAAGACAUUCAAUAACCAUAACCUCACCUAUUUACUUUCAGUUUUGAUUAAUAACUUUUCAUAUUUAGGUCUGGGCUAUUAAAAGCCUUGAUCAAGAUACUUGCUACCUAGCAGUUUCUAGUCAGUCAGCUAGCGGAGCUACCUGGUAAUACUGAGCUCUUUGUGAAAACUAGGUAUGGGUACCAGUAAUGGAUUGAUCGAUUACAUGUCAGAUAUGUGCCUACUUGAUCUUCUGAUUUUCUCAUAAAGGCUAGGCUACACAAGGUACAACUAGGCUAUGUGUUGGAACUUGGCUCCAUUCAUUAAUUUACAUUACAUUACAUUACAGGCAUUUGGCAGACGCUCUUAUCCAGAGCGACAUACAAAGUGUUUAACCGUAACCAGGGACAAGUGUGUUGAAAACCCUAGAAGGACGUACAGUUCCAAGGGAGCGACCGCGUAGUUUAAUUUGGACCCUGUAGGUUAAUCUGAUCAACACGAACAAAAGCAGCAGCAAAUUUACCGUACAGUGUGUAAAAAAGAAGAGACACAUUAAAAUAGCGUAUAUUUCUUCAUGUAAUAUGAACAGAAUAAAGCAAAAAUAUAUUUUGAAAAAAA